GUUACAGACGUACCGAAGAAGUAAUCCGAGCGUGAGAAAAAUGAGGGAAGUGAAGAAAUUUCCACGGGGGAAGCUGGCGAAUCCUAUCGUUGUCGUGAUCAUGGUUUCUCUCCCAGACGCAGACUUGGAAGUCAACUGGAGAGUAAUUUGGGCUGUUUUUUGUCUCUGCUCGUACAAUUUUCCAUCCACGCAUCAAAUGAUUGCAGCAUCUUCAAUAUCUAUGCGGUUUCAAUGUAUUCCACUUAUUGGGAUCAACUCAUCAGAAGUUCCACUUCCCAAUUCUGAUUCUAACCGCGCAGUCACAUAAGAAGACGCUAUGGAGGAGAAAGGAGUGGAGGAUCGUGUAGUGAAGGGUUUGGAUUCUGAACACGAUCCGAAUCAGAAGAACAGGCAGAGAUUUGGAGGUGGAGGUGGAGCACUAUCGAUCGAGCAGUUCUUUGAGGACCGAGAAGUGCCUUCAUGGACUAAGCAGCUAACGUUUAGGGCUUUUUUCGUCAGCUUUGGGCUGAGCAUUUUGUUCAGCUUCAUUGUAAUGAAGCUCAAUCUGACCACUGGGAUUAUUCCUUCACUCAAUGUUUCUGCUGGUCUACUGGGUUUCUUCUUUGUGAAAUCGUGGACGAAAAUUUUGGAGAGAUCAGGGCUCUUGAGGCAGCCUUUUACCAGGCAGGAGAACACCGUCAUCCAAACCUGUGUCGUUGCCUCGUCUGGCAUCGCUUUCAGCGGAGGUUUUGGAAGUUACUUAUUUGGAAUGAGCGAACGGAUUGCUCAUAAAUCAUCAGGCAGUAAAGAUUUCAAAGAUCCAUCAUUAGGAUGGAUGAUUGGUUUUCUAUUUGUUGUUAGCUUUCUUGGCCUAUUCUCUGUUGUACCCUUACGAAAGAUCAUGGUCAUUGACUUCAAAUUAACUUAUCCAAGUGGUACUGCAACAGCUCAUUUGAUUAAUAGUUUCCAUACUCCUCGAGGAGCUGCACUUGCAAAGAAACAGGUGAGACUGCUUGGCAGAUUUUUCUCUGUGAGCUUCUUGUGGGGCUUUUUCCAAUGGUUCUUUACAGCUGCAGAUGGUUGCGGAUUUGCACAUUUUCCAACAUUUGGACUCAAAGCAUAUGCAAACAAGUUUUACUUUGACUUCUCAGCAACAUAUAUAGGAGUAGGGAUGAUUUGCCCCCAUAUAAUAAACAUAUCGGUGCUUGUUGGAGGUAUUUUCUCUUGGGGCAUAAUGUGGCCUCUCAUAGAAGAUAAAAGGGGUCAAUGGUAUAGCGAGAAAUUAAGCCCAAGUGACCUAAGUGGUCUUCAAGGAUACAAGGUAUUUAUAGCCAUAGCCAUAAUUCUUGGAGAUGGCCUGUACAACUUCUUCAAAGUAUUAACCCGGACCCUCUCGGGCUUGCUCUACCAACUUCAACACAAAAGAGAGGCGGGAGAAACUUCCAUGGAAAGUUCAUCGAGGUCUGAGUCAUCUUACGAUGAUGAACGAAGGAAAGAACUUUUUCUCAAGGAUCAAAUACCGAUGUGGUUUGCCAUUGGAGGCUAUGUUGUAAUUGCUGCGGUGUCGAUUAACACUCUUCCACACAUUUUUACACAGCUCAAGUGGUAUUAUAUUUUGGUCAUCUACAUCUUUGCUCCUGUCCUGGCCUUCUGUAAUGCAUACGGAUGCGGGCUCACGGAUUGGUCUCUGGCAUCAACUUAUGGGAAGCUUGCGAUUUUCACAAUUGGUGCAUGGGCUGGUGCCUCGCAUGGAGGAGUUAUUGCUGGUCUAGCAGCUUGUGGGGUCAUGAUGAAUAUCGUCUCCACAGCCUCUGACCUGAUGCAGGAUUUCAAAACUGGCUAUCUAACAUUGGCUUCACCUCGCUCCAUGUUCGUCAGCCAAGUAAUAGGCACAGCAAUGGGCUGCGUUAUUUCACCUUGUGUCUUUUGGCUCUUUUACAAGGCAUUUGAUAAUCUCGGUCUACCGACGGGUGUAUACCCCGCCCCAAAUGCAGUUAUUUUCCGCAACAUGGCCGUGUUGGGCGUCGAAGGCUUCUCAAGCCUACCAAAGAAUUGCCUUACCCUUUGCUAUGUGUUCUUUGCCGCUUCCAUUUUGAUCAACUUGAUUAAAGACUUGAUGCCAAAGAAGUGGGCAAGGUUCAUUCCCCUGCCUAUGGCAAUGGCAAUACCAUUCUAUGUAGGACCAUACUUUGCAAUCGAUAUGAGCUUAGGAAGUCUGAUACUGUUUGUGUGGCAGAAGAUAAACAAAACCAAAGCCGAUGCCUUCGGUCCUGCUGUGGCGUCCGGUUUGAUUUGUGGGGAUGGAAUUUGGACACUGCCUAAUUCAAUUCUGGCUUUGGCUGGAGUCAAGGCGCCAAUUUGCAUGAAAUUUCUGUCAAGGACAACCAAUGCAAGGGUAGAUAAGUUCCUAGGAUCCUGAGUUUGAAGUCUUGACUUUUGUUUGAAUUUAUAUGUAGCUUAGUGUAAGUUAAAUACAUAUAUAUGGGUUAAAUUACCUCAAUAUCCUCCCUAUUCUUCUUGUUUCUUUGUGAAUGGAGAAGAGCCAUGUUUUAUUAUGUCCUAUGGCAAAGCUGUUGUGCUAGUGUUGGUAGUAGGUAAAAUUGUAUCUGGCUAGUUGUGGCAUGUAUUUGUGCCAGAUAUAAUGAGGGAGAGAGAACGCUUAAAUUUUAUAUAUAUGAAAUUUAGUUGCAUUUUUCAUUCUUGUUA